AUGGAUAGCAAAGACACCGAGGCGACGGUGGGAAUGAUGGGAGGGGCUGGUCUGGCAGCCAGUCUAUCGCCUGAGCGGCGCGCGCAAGUCGAGAAGAGUUUGAAGCGCAAGUUGGAUGCGAGAUGUUCGCUUUUCGUGCUGAUUUAUAUUAUGAAUUAUUUGGAUCGGAAUAACAUCGCAGCCGCGCGACUUGGUGGACUGCAGGAAGAUCUCGGCAUCAAUAAUACGCAGUAUGCGACGUGUUUGAGUAUUCUUUACGUUGGAUAUAUCCUAAUGCAAAUCCCCUCCAACAUGAUCAUCAACCGGAUCCCGCGGCCCUCGGCAUACAUCGCCGUCGUGAUGCUGGUUUGGGGCAUGAUCUCGACGCUUUCGGGCAACACCGAAUAA